AUGAAAAAUGUUGUUUGCGCGACGAAAUAUGGCUUCGUCGCGCAAAACCCUUCUUCAUAUUAUCUGGAUUCUGCCAUUGCAGAGGCAGACUUCAAAAAGAAAAAAGGUCUGCCUCUGCAUCUGCUUCAGCUUCAGCUUAUGCUGGGAAUUGACUACGUUCAUUGGUUGGAUUUCGUGCAUGGAUGCGUAAAGCAUGACCGCAGUCCCAUUAAUUCUUGA